AUGGCCAAGAACAAGAACAAGGUAGUGUCGGAGCCUGCAACUAAGAAAGGAAAUAAAGAGCCCACACCAGAUGACAUUAAAAAGCCUUCGCGAGGAUUAGUCGUGGGAGACAAUUUCGGAUGGACAGGAAAGUUACCUGUCACAUUACUCAAUGAACACUGCCAGAAACAAAAGUGGAAUAAAUGCCAAUAUGAUAUGAUGAGGAGGCCCAAUGGCUACAUUGGCAUAGUGACGUUAUCAUGGGAAAACCCAAAGACAAAGGAGCUAUUGUCUGUGAAAUAUACCCCGACGUACUCUCCCAGGGGAACAAGCAACGAGGCCAGGCACAUGGUUGCAACUUUUGUUUUACACAGAAUAAAUUAUGUGAAAAACAUGAAGAUGUUACUCCCAGUUAUUUUUCGAGAUUACUGGUCUGAUUUAGAAAAGGAGAGGUUGCAAAUAUUAAAGGAGGAUAAGAAACUACAUGACAUAAGGUAUAAUGUCAAUCCCUUCGCCGUGGUUAUGGAGCAGCAAAAGAUCAAAGCUGAGAAGGAAAAGGACAGAGCAGCAAGAGAUAACCAGAAUUUAAAAAUGCAUAAGCCUGUUAUAAAUAUAGGACAGAAACCGGUCCCGUCAAUGGCACCUACCACGAAAAGCUCUAUCCCUAGAGGAGCAUGGGAACAUGCACCGUUGAUGGAUAUACCUUCAGAUAUGCGAGUUGAAAUAGAAAAGUCCGUGCAAAGACAUUUAGAAUGGGAUGGGUUAGAGAAAACUAGAAAAGUAGAUGAACUGAUUGCGAAGAAAUUAGCUGGGUUGGGGUUCCGAGAGAGCCACGUACGGGAGGCUCUUCAAUACACUCUGGAAUUUACCGAUGCGCUUGAAUGGUUGAUUUUCCAUAUACCUGAAGAUGACUUACCAGCGCUUUUUGCUAAAUCGCGCAAGGAUUCGGAAGUACAGCUUACAAUUUCACAAAAUUUGAAAACUGAGUUGGCUUUGAAAAGGCUUAAGAACUUGGGGUUUGAUGAAGAUGAAAUAUUACGGGUCUACCAAGCGACAGGCGAGGACGAGGUUGAAACUAGUGUUCAACUCACUAAACUUUUAGCGAAAGAGGAAAACGAGGUGGCAACGGAGGAACAGAGCCAGGAGAUAUGGGGCCAAGAAGUGGAAGCUAUAAACUCUACUAGAGAUGCUACAAAUUCCGAUGAAAAGAGUGUUACAAUUCCUUUAAAUCCUAUUGGAGUUGGUGAAGGUGCAAUUGAGUUGAAGCUCUUCAAAAGUACAAAUUACCCUAAUGAAAUACCCGGGAUACAAUUAUUAGUUGCCGAAAAGUAUAAUCUAGCAAACUAUGUCAAGUUGUCUAUUGUUAGAAAUCUUCUUCUGACUUUGCAUGUGGGAGAGUGUAUGAUUUUUUCGAUAAUUGAAUGGUUGGAGGAGAAUAUGAUAAACAUCAUCAACAACCCUGGCCCACUCGUAAUGUAUCAAAAAGAGUUGAAUACAGCAACACAACCUAGUGCAUCCAAUGGAGAUUCAAAAGGCAGGAAAAAAGUCAGGCAAAAUGAGAAUGACAUAAAGCUCUCCUACCAAAAUAGAGCAGCAGCAUUGCAGGACUCCAUACUGGAAAGGGCAAAACUUCCCGUUUGGAACAAAGCCCAGGAUUUGGUAAAAGUGAUAAACGACAAUGCAAUCACACUAAUAACAGGUGAGACAGGAUCGGGUAAAUCAACUCAGAUUGUACAGUACAUUCUUGAUGACCUAAACUCAAGGGGUGAUUUCUCUACAACCAUUUUCUGUACUCAGCCAAGACGUAUUUCUGCACUUGGCCUAGCUGCUCGUAUUACAGAAGAGAGAGGAGAUAUUGUAGGACAAGAAGUAGGCUAUAUGAUCAGGGGUGAGAACAAAAUUAGCCCUGCAACCAGAAUCACAUUCUUGACUACAGGUAUUCUUCUAAGAAUGCUUCAGAACAUCACCAAGGAGGAAGACCAUGCUUUAUUUGAUAAUCUCGGCUACAUCUUCAUUGACGAAGUUCAUGAAAGAUCCGUUGAUAGCGACUUCCUCCUCAUCAUUUUGAGGGACGUUCUAAAGAAGUUCAAGAAAUUGAGAGUGGUCCUCAUGUCAGCCACCAUAAAAAUAGAUAAGUUUAAUGAGUUUUUCAAGAAGCCUUUGGUUCAUGAACACGUUAAAGGAAGGACAUUCCCUAUCGAAGACUUUUAUUUGGAUGACAUUUUGAACGUCCUAGAUUAUUCAAUGGAAGUUGGCGGAGAGCUCAUAAAACCUCGCGCUGACUCUGCCUUUUUUAAAUGUGGAAACAUUAAUUAUGAAUUGAUCGCGCAACUCGUGGGAUAUAUAGACAAGAAGUUGGCACUGGAGGGUGAUUCUGGCUCGAUAUUGAUAUUUAUGCCUGGUGUUCCUGAAAUAAACCGCACAAUCAAGGCGAUUAGCAAUGUUUCCAACUUCUGGACUCUUCCGUUGCAUUCGCAGUUGUCAUCGCAAGAACAAAAGAAGGUUUUCCAAUCUUCUCGCGGGCAAAGAAAAGUUGUUGUUUCCACUAAUAUUGCCGAAACAUCAAUCACGAUCCCCGAUUGUGUGGCUGUAAUUGAUUCAGGGCGGUCAAAAUCAAUGUUUUAUGACACGUCUUUGAAUGCUACCAAGCUAGUAGAGGAGUGGUGUUCCCAAGCCGAGAUUAAGCAAAGAAGAGGAAGAUCAGGCCGUGUGGCUGCUGGCUGUUGUUAUCAUAUGUACACAAAGGAUACCGAAGAUUCGAUGCUUGCACAGCCAAUUCCUGAAAUCUUGCGAGUGCGCUUGGAGAAUUUGUACUUGAUUGUAAAGUCUAUGGGUGUGAAGAAUGUGGAAAAUUUUAUUGCAAGUGGGUUGGACGCCCCGGACCAAUCUGCAUUGCUAUCGGCAAAGAACUUCUUACAGGAUGUUGGUGCCCUUGAAGGUGACAAUCUAACCACAUUGGGACAAUACUUGUCGUACUUGCCCACCGAUGCCCAUACCGGAAAGCUUUUAUUAUUGGGCUGUAUAUUUGGAUGCCUUGAUUUUUGUUCAAUUUUGGCGGCGAUAAGCUCAGUUGGUAGUAUAUUUGCGCAUUCAAUGGAGAACAGAGACAAGAUUAAGAGUAUCACUGAAAAAUACAGCGACAAGCAGGGUGACUUCAUUGCUAUGGCAAACAUUUAUCGCGCUUAUUUGGAUUCCACAGGCAAAAAGUUUAUCACGGAGAACUGCUUAUCCUACACCGCUCUCAGGGAUAUUUCGUCAACAAGACAGCAAUAUUAUCAAUUGCUAUCCGAGAUCGGGUUCACCACACUGUCGAACGUACCAAAGACGGUGCUGAAACCAAAUUAUUACAUAAUCCGAGCCAUAAUCGUUGGUUCGUUCUAUCCAAAUGUGGCAAGGGUACAGUAUCCACCAAAAAAGUUUUUAAAGUCAUCACUGGGAGCUAUUGAAGCAGAUGCAGACGCCCGCUUGACCAAAUAUUGGGUCAAGAAAGAUAACCCUUCCAGUCAUGAUUCUCCUUUGGCUGCUACAAGAGUAUUUAUACAUCCAUCGUCCAUAUUGUUUGGCAAAAAUACAACUGGUUUUGAGAUUGAUGAAGAACUUGAAUCACAAAUCACUCGCGAAGAUGGUUCGGUAGACAUUGACAAAGCGAGACAGAUGGUUCCACUCAAUAAGCCAUUGCCAGCAUCGAAACACACAUUUAUAGCUUACAGAUCAUCACAUUUCUCUAGUAAGCUCUACGUGAAUGGAGUCACCCCAUCGAGCACAUUGGCAACUUUGCUUUUUGGUGGAAGCUAUGAAUACUAUUUACACCAGACGAGUGGCAAUCCUUCCAAUGGUAUCAUUUUAGACAAGUGGCUCCCUGUUAGAACUUGGUGUAAAAAUGGGGUCUUGAUUAAACAAGUUAGAAAGCUUUUGGAUAGGUACAUGGAUUCCCGCCUAUCAAAGACAGGUAAAUUUGAAAACAGUGAUGACAUAGUUGCAAUUAUCGAAAAGGUUGUCUCCUUAUGA